CAGCAAUGUUGUUGUUUUCUGUUGAUAUGUAAAACAUUCCCGUCCGGAUGUUUUCUCUCUUCUUCUUUUCUCUCUUCUUCUUUUUCUUUUCUUUGUCUUCCUUACCAGUUGGCACAGCUCGCUGAGGAACAGACGCUUACGCCACACAUUUCCAAAAUAACUGCCUCUUUGUAUCAAUUUCCUUCCCAACAUGCUCACAUUGCUUGAGGCUGCAUAUCUACUGAUUGUUUACUUUGGCCUCCUGGCAUCUUCUGUUGCUAGCGUGGUGUUCCAGAACAAUCAGUGGAACGCCUUUUGCAGUUUUGAUAUGAUCCACCGGAGUCGGGAUCAAAAAUACAGUUUAGUACAACCUAUUCUCAUCUAUCGCGGCUUCAGAAAAUGUCUAGGAGUGCAAAACACUAUCUUCCCCAGAAAUGAAGCCAGACAUUAUGUUGCCCUGUUAUCCGCAGUACUAGACCAAGACUCCUCGUUCCAACCGAGCGUUUUCAUCUAGCUCUCGCGCAGCUUGGCUUGGCUUCGUUGGUACAUAGUUUGUCCAAAGCGAAGCCAAUGAUGUUCAUACGUGGAGGAUUGCCCACCUAGAAGCCGAUGUCUGAUCGAAUGGCACGCACGGGUGGGUACGAACGAACGAUCAUAAGGUUUACAUAAUGCCUCGUAACUCGGGCAAACUAUAUUUCGAUCAAGGUUUUUCGCAAAGUUCAGGGCAGCAGCCGAUUCACGGCGAUAACCUACCAAUCUCUCUCAUCCAAUUGAUCUUGAAGGAUUGAACAUGGUUGCGGCCGCUCCUGGCAUUUUUACGGGUCAGUGUGCGCAUCCCACAGGCCACUUGCCUCGUGAGGCCAGUUUGCCCCUGGGAUUUACGGCUAGGCUAGGAACCGAUAUCCUCUACUUGCGCCCCGUUGAACGUCAGUUCAAAGUUUGUUUAAUCUUCCAACGGUAAUGUCCAACGCAGUAACUAGUUGAUGCCUUGGUGAACCUGGACACGCGCUUUUGUGGAGUUCUUUCAUGGAACCCGAGAGGUUCAGGAAAACUCGAAGCGUGUUCCCAGAGUUAUCCAGGUGGCGCAUCACAGAUGUCUGCAUAUAAAUACCCCGAUGAACCCACCUCAACAUGUCUUUACGAUUCUUCAUUUUAUGCUCUAACCAAGUCUUCAUUGUUAUUCCUACAAUCAUUUCUUGAACCCUGAAAGUUUACCUUCAUUUUAAAUUUACACACACGUUCUCUUGAGAACCAAUACGACCCCAGUUAUUCUUUCCACAAACUUUUAGUUCAUCAUGUAUACCAAAGUUUUUGUUGCUGCGGCCACCGCAUUCGCUACUCUUGUUCCAAGCGUAUUGGCAGGAAAUGCUAUCGUUAAGAACAAUUGUCCGUUCCCGGUUUAUCUCCAGUCAGUCUGCGAAAACGGUAACGUGCCGAGACAUAAGAUCGAACCCGGUGCCACCUUCACGGAACAGUAUCGCGCCAAGCCAGACGGCGGCGGCUGCUCACUGAAAAUUUCCGACGAAACGAGUGGUAGUGAAAUCACCCAGUUUGAGUACACACUUUCGGGGGAAAAGGUGUUUUAUGACGUUUCAAAUAUCGACGGCUAUCCCUUUAUGGAGAAUGGUGUCUCUCUCUCCUCAACCACCCACGAUUGCCCAGUGGUCAAUUGCCCAGCUGGCGUCAGACUGUGCAAGGGAGCCUACAACAAACCAGAUGACGACCACGCGACUCAUGCGUGCGCCUCUUCCUCCGAUCUCACCUUGACCCUCUGCCCAGGUGGCACGAAACGGCGCCAUCAGCGCGAAUUCAUGAACUAGCGGGGAACCUCGAAACUUUUCAAACGCCGCGGUCUUUCCACCUACUAUUCUUUCACUACGUUCUUUUGCACAACAUUCCUUUUUGCGAAAAAUCUUUCCUUCCCUUCCAUGGAUACCAUCUAUAAAUUCCCCAUUACAUCGCUAGUACGAUGCCUUGUCACCCUGUUCGCAAUCGACUUUCAGGGUUUUCUAUUUUGCGUCCAUUUAUGACUUGGUUCCAUUUUUAUGCGGGCGUCGGAAGGUCCAGCUCUGAUUGGGCCUCUACAUUAUUUUAUUGCUUCUCUUGCGACGAUAGAUUAUAAACACUAUAUAUCGGCAUGGUGGGAUAAAUAUCCAUCACCAUAUAAAUGGCGUGCUUUCGAAAGACCGAUACAAGCCAAAACGAAAUCAAAAAACUUUACUACUACUACUACUACUACUACUACUACUACUACUACUACUACUACCACUACUACUACUACUACUACUACU